AUUUACCUUCAAGAUAUACUGCAGAUCACAUAUCAGACAGACACUACUACUAAAAUAGCUUGCAAACUCAGAGCAUUUUAAGCAGAUCUUGCUUUACUGCAGCGACCACCUGGCACUGUUGUUUUAUACCUCAGACUGACACCAGCAAGUUAGCAACUGUCCACUCUUAGCAACCACCACUUCAGAACUCUUCUUUAAACCAAUCAGCUUGUAAGAUGUUGGUAAGUGGCUGACGAGUUACGCCCCAUUACACCAUGGAGUCCAUGGUAGAGGCAGUUUUUGAAUCGAAGUUAAAACGUAACUGUGGGCCAAGGAGAACUUAGAUUCUAAGCAUGUAAGUUGUGAUAUACCAAUGUAGUUUAAACCGUUAUUUUGUAAGACAGCAUUUAAUCGUUUGGGUCAUGGGCCCGUUGAGCAGUGUUUAGCGACAGCUUGUAGUUAGCCGCGGCGUUAGCUAACGUUAGCCGUUUAGCUAGGUAAAGUUAGGUGGCUAUCGGAGAUUCGAGGUCGUUUGCUAGUUCUUACGUUGAACUUUUGCGUUAUGCAUAACAUUGACAUGUGGUAUUACUAUAACGUUAUGCUUUUUUCUACAUUUGCAACUUCUCACUGCGAUAAUUUGGGGUGGCUGUCAAGCUUCCGCUAACGCGUUAGCUAUCUCUUGCUUUGACAGUUUACAAAGAUAACGGUCAACAGAGAAGAAGUGAAAGUGCUGUCUGGUAUUAAGAUACCAGAUAUCUUGUAACGUUAGUUAUCGCUACUUGAACAAGCUAUUACGCAGUACAGAAUGCUGCUCUCCCUUGUUGUGCACACGUACUCGUUGCGGUACUGGUUUCCUGCAGCGGUUAUGAUAGGCACAGCUCCGGCAUAUAUACUGUCAUGGGGUGCUUGUCGCUUGAUUUCGGCUUUCCUACCAUCAAGAAUAUACCGCAGGAUGGACGACCACCUCUAUAACAUCUACCAGAGCCUCGUCCUCUUUUUCUUUGAAAACUAUACCGGGGUGGAGAUUGUUAUUUAUGGAGACAUACCAAAGAAUAAAGAGAAUGUGGUCUACCUUUCCAACCAUCAAUGCACAGCGGACUGGAUCAUUGCUGACAUGUUAGCCAUUAGGCAGAAAGCACUUGGCCAUGUGAGAUAUGUCCUGAAAGAUGGUCUGAAGUGGCUCCCAUUGUAUGGAUGGUAUUUCUCUCAGCAUGGAGGUGUCUACGUGAAGCGAAGUGCAAAGUUUGACGAGAAGGCAAUGAAAAAGAAGCUCUCUUCACAGACAGUGUUGGGAACACCAAUGUAUCUUGUCAUCUUCCCAGAAGGAACCCGAUACAACCCUGAACUCAAGAAGAUGAUCAGCGACAGCCAGGCUUUUUCUGCUAAAGAAGGACUGGCUGUCUUGGACCACGUUCUGACCCCAAGAAUGAAAGCCUCGCACAUUGCCAUAGAAACCAUGAGGGACCACCUGGAUGCUGUGUAUGAUGUCACCGUGGUGUAUGAGGGAACACUGGGCACAAGCAGUGAAAGACAUCCUGCCCCAUCAAUGCCAGAAUUCCUGUGUAAGGAAUGUCCCAAAGUUCACAUCCACUUUGAACGUGUGGACGUGAAGGAAAUUCCCCCGGAGUCUGUGUUUUUCCGCAGGUGGCUGCACGAGCGAUUUGAGAUCAAGGACCAGAUGUUGACUACUUUCUAUGAGUCUGAGGAUCCAGACAAAAAAGGCAGAUUCCCUGGAGAAGGUCAAAGGUCCCAUCUGAGCAUUACGAAGACGUUGCCAUCGCUGCUAUUUUUGGGCGGGCUAACACUGCCAAUGCUGUUGACGGAGUCUGGCAGGAAACUCUAUGUCCGAACCUGGGUGUAUGGGACUCUGUUGGGAUGGCUCUGGGUGAAUGUUAGUCCAUAGGAAGCUCAUGGUGGUCAUCAAUGCCAUCUGCUAUGGCUAUGGAAAGACCUUGCCCUUUCACUCACCCAUCAGGCAGGGGGCUUAUGUUUUUCGAAACAAAGCACUUGUUGCUGUUAAGGUUUGGUUCUUCUAGAAUUCUGUCCAAAUGGAUGGCUCAUUGCCUCCCUAACAGCAGUAAGAAGAGAGAUAGGGAGAUGGAUAGAAAAGCGGUUUUGUUUCUUGUGCUGCUUCUUCAUUGCUCUAUGGUUGUGUGCAUCAAUUUGCAACCAGAUAAGGUGAGAAAAAUGGGGAUGUUGUAUGUAUUUCUUUCCUUGAAUUCCCCCUUUUAUCUCAGCCAUAAAGUAUGAAUAGACAGAUUUUCUUCCCUAUACCGUUUAGCCUAUUACAUAAUUAAAUUCUGUGCUUUUGCAUAUCCAGUGUUCAGCAUCCCUUUUCAACAUGAGUUUACCAGAGUUAGGGUUCAGCUCUCUGUUUGAGAUUAUAUGCUGUGUUCAUGUGCUCUUGGAAUUAUUAACAACUCGGGACUGAGAAACUCUCAGAAUGUUCAUAACUCUUGAGUUAUUUAUGAGUAUCCAAGCAGGAAAUAGGAGAGGGGAGAUAACAUGUAUCGUCCUCUGGUCUUUCCAGUAAGAUAGUUUAGAGUGUCUUAUUCCGAGGAGCAUGUGAACCCAGCAUUAGAGAGCAGAUUUAAUUUUCAGUACUAAUUACAAAGUACUCAUUGCAAAAGAGAGUGAUUAGUGUUUAUUCAAUUGUCCAAUUAAUACAUUAUUGAGGGUGAUGGAGUGUUUAGGUCUAAGUGAUGGUUACUUAGCCAUGUGUUUAAAGUUCUCCUUUUUAUUGCCCGGUUACAACGUGUCUGCUGUAUAUGUGCUUUGUUUGAGUUUUUGCAAAAGUUCCACAAAUUGUUGCCAAACUCUAUACAAGUGCAGGGGUAUCAAACAAGUGUUUUAGUUGGAGGAAUGUAUCUGUAAUCAGGUCAGCUGUACCUGAGGAACCAAUAUUGUAUUUUUUAAUUGACCUAAAGAGCUUGUUAUAGAGUCAUUUUUGUAAAUGCUGCCUUUGCCAUGUUACAGAUUACACAAAAGGUAGAGAUAGCUAUAUAUUGAGAAGGCCAAUUGUAGUGUAUCACAAUAUAGAAUUCAUAUUCCUUUGUUUACAAAGUCAACUGUAUAAUAUGCGUCACUAUUCUAAAAACAGUUAUAUACUGUAUGUCCAUAAUUUUUCAUAAUGAAAACAACUUUUUCAACUGUUGUCACUUUAAAUGUUGGUAUUCUUAUUUUAUUGAAAAAUUAAAGUGGUCUUCCAAUAUGGAUUAAAUUAGCCCAUGGUAAUUACACCUGCCAUACCAAGGUCUCAUUUACAUAUCCUUCCUUUAAUAACAAUGUGGAAUGGCAAUAGUUUAAAAACUUUAAUUCAUUCAAUUUAUUUUGAUUAAUUCUGUCAACUUGAUAAAAAAAAACUGAUUGUAAAUAAUCAAACAAUUCUGGUAGACACUAUUGUGCCAAUUGAACCCAGAAAUGUGUGCCUUCUACCAGAGGAGCUUGUCCUCAGCUUCCACCCAGAGGACUGCACUGGGACUCCAUCUACUGGACAGCACUGGAACUGUUUUGCACAGCAUAGUUUAUUGGUGUUAUUGUCUUCAGUUAUGAGCUUUUGGUGUCAGUAGUAUGUGGUUGAAUAUUGUUUUUAAAGCACUUGAUUUUGAGAAACAAAAGUAAUAUGUUUUAGUUUUUAUUUCCUUUUGUAAAUAAAGUACCUCUUGGUGUUUCAUCAAGUAA